AGAAAAGGUGGAUAAAGAGAAUGUGUAGCUAGGGAUACUGAAGGGCAAUGGCCACCAUUCUACCUUCGUCUAACCCUCCCUUUCUCUCCUUCAACGCUCCCCGCAACUCUUCCACUUUUCUCAAGUGGGGACAGAUUAAAGAGAAAGAUGUAAACAUAGUUGCCAAUAGAACCCGAGGUCAAGCGGUUAGAGUCCUGGUAGCUUCAGGAAAGGAUGAUACGGUCAUGGUUGAUCCAGUUGAAGCCAAGCGAUUGGCUGCCAAACAAAUGGAAAGAAUCAAAGCAAAAGAGAAACUCAAGAGAAGACGCCAAAUUGAGGCAAUUAAUGGAGCAUGGGCAAUGAUCGGUCUCACGGCUGGUCUAGUUAUUGAAGGUCAAACUGGAAAAAGUAUUCUGACUCAGCUGCAAGACUACUUAGGUGCAAUUGUUAGUUUCUUUGUGCGGUAGACUUCUUCCAAGAUGUUCGUGGAUACAAAUGGAGAACUCCAGAAUUCUUUCUCACAUUCUUUGUAAUUAUAUCUUUUGACUUCAUAUCAUUAAACUUAAAAGUAUGUCAACGAUGUUUUUUUCUUCACACUUUCAUUAUUCAAUUUUCGAUGUUAUCUGGUAAAGGGUAUCUAACAUACAAUUGUUUUUCUCAGGUCUUCUAUACAGAAGAAUUAAACUGCUAAGCAACUUGUUUA